AGCAAACGGGAUGUGUGCAUUGUCCUGGUGGGCAACAAGUGCGAGGAUCUGAAGAGACGCAAGAUAAGCCAAUUGCAGGGACUCACUUUUGCCGACAACAAGGGUCUCGCCUUCUGUGAGGCAUCUGCCCGGAGUGGUGUUAAUGUUGACCAAAUCUUUGCCACACUCUCGCUGAAGAUACAUGAAACCUAGCCUGAAGCCCACCGAGGAGAAAUCC